AUGGUCCAAUGCGAUGGUUGUCAGACUUGGUGGCAUUUCAAAUGUGCGGGAGUCAACGAUUCAAUCGAAAAUCGAGACUGGUUCUGCCGAAACUGCAACGAGGUUGCGAGUAGCCACCGAUCAGGGUCGCGUUCCGGUACCGCGCUCCAGCGUCUCAAAGAUCGUCAAGAGAUUGAACGGCAACAAGUCGACAUAGAGUUGCGCAAAAAGUUCCUUGAUGAACAGAAAGCGCUCAUUAACGCUGAAGAUUUAAAAGGUAUUCGAAAUUCAGGUACCAUAGUUAGAGCUAAAAAACGAACUCAACUAUGGGUCGAUAGUAUACAUAGUGACGAUGGUGCUGUCGGAGGAACGCCCGGAACUUUGAGCACGCUUCGCCCUGCUUCAAAUCAACGCAAGGAUAACACGGAUGACAAAUUAACCGAAUUCCAGCGAAAACUAAAUCAGUGUCAAGAAAUGCUCGAAGUGUUCUCAUCAGCGGAACCGAACGCCGAAUCAACAAGAAUGAUUCCGACAAACAAGCAUCGCGGGAAGUACACCGGCACUAUUCCUAAGACCGUCACCAUCGUAGAGAAGGCUCGCCAACAAUACAAACCAGCCACGGCAGAACUGCCUUACAGGAAUUAUGCGCCAUCUGAAUUGCCUCACGCCGCUCAAGCAAGUACGGAGCCUCUUUCAGAAAUGAAUUCAGCCCGACCCGAUCACUUAACGAAUGCAGCCAGUGAAUUCGUGAAUCCGGUGUCCCUCUCGCCUCAACAGUUAGCAGCCAGACAAUCUUUCGCACGUGACUUGCCUAUUUUCACCGGGGAUCCAGCGGAAUGGCCUAUGUUCAUAGCGAAUUAUGAAUAUACAACUGCUGUUUGCGGAUUUACGAAUGGAGAGAACAUGCUCAGGUUGCAACGCUGUCUAAAGGGUUACGCUCUGGAAAAGGUUAGAAGCCGCAUUGUCCUACCUGCUGCAGUACCACAAGUAAUCGAAGCUCUGAGACAACGAUUUGGCCGCCCAGAUAUUCUAAUAAAUUCUCUUCUAGAAAAGGUGAAAGCAAUCCCAGUACAAAGAUCGGAUAAAUUAGAAGGACUCAUCGAGUAUGGGGAAACCGUUCAGGAGUUGUGUGACCACAUCGAAGCGGCUAAUGAGCAUGUCCAUCUUGCCAAUCCACAACUGCUAAAGGAGUUAAUUGCAAAAUUACCUACGGACUAUCAAAUGAGAUGGUCUGCAUAUUCUCGAGACCUGCUGUAUGUGGAUCUGCGAUGCUUCGGAGAUUUCAUGUCUAUCAUCGCCCAGGAUGCCUCUCGCGUUAUCGGUUUCAGUUCAAAAACUAGGAGUGUGAAUCGAGAGAGACCAAAGUCUAAAGGAUUCAUCAAUUUACAUCACGAAACUGGUGAAGAGUCGGAUCAGUCAGACGCCCAGGAACAACGCAGGCAGAAGGCAACAGAGUGCGCUUUCUGUGGGAAAGCUGGUCAUCGAUUAAAAGAGUGCUAUAAAUUCAAAAACUUGUCAGUCGCAGAAAGGCUAAAUAAGGUUCGUACGCUUAAAGUGUGUUUCUCCUGCCUCUGCAGCCAUGGUAGACGUUCUUGCAGGAGCAGAGCAAUCUGCAACAUCGAUGGAUGUGAAUACCGACACCACCCGUUACUCCACGCUAGUAACACUGAUCAAAAUACUACGGUUCAAGUAGCAGAUCAUCAUGCUCAUCAGACAAACAAUUCAGCAACUAUUUUCCGAAUCGUUCCUGUAACCGUGUAUGGCCCAAAGUGCUCGGUUGAAACUUACGCGUUUAUAGACGAAGGAUCCGCUUUGACGUUGGUCGAAAACGAUCUCGUGACGGAGCUUGGACUCAAAGGAAGUGUGCAGCCUCUAUGCCUUCGAUGGACGGGCAAUAACACCAGAAUGGAAAAAACAUCACAAAUAGUUAACAUUGCACUCUCGGGUGUGAGACAAAAAAGACGAUCCAUUCUUACGAACGCUAGAACCGUUGCUAGUCUCAAUCUUCCAGCACAAACCUUCGACGCAGAGCAAGCAGUUGAAUACAAUGAGCACCUUCGCGGAAUUCCCAUCGAAAGCUACAACAACGCUAAACCACGAGUAUUGAUAGGGCUCGAUAAUUUGCGAUUGGCUGUUCCUUUAAAAGUGAAGGAAGGGGAUGGAUCGAGCAUUAUCGCGGCUAAAACAAGACUGGGCUGGUGUGUUUACGGGAAAUCUUCACCAGAAACAUCCGUUUCAUAUAGCUACCACAUUUGUGAAAAGUCAGCAGACUACGAACUCCACGAGUUGGUUAAGCUUUGUUUCAACAUAGACAAUAUUCAUCUAACAACAACUAAGCCUUUAUCUAAGCUGGAACGUCGUGCUUUAUCAAUUCUUGAGCAGACAACGAAGCGCACAGGAGAACGUUUCGAGACUGGGCUCUUGUGGUUAGACGACAAGAUAAAACUUCCGGAUUCCUAUAAUAUGGCUCAAAGGAGGCUCGAAUGUCUCGAGCGUAAAAUGGACCGCAAACCAAAGUUGAAAGAGAAUUUGCACAAUCAGAUAGCGGAAUACGUAACCAAAAAAUACGCACAUAAAGCAACGCCUGACGAGUUAAGCUGUGCAAACCCUAGUCGUAUAUGGUAUCUCCCCUUAGGUGCCGUAACGAAUCCCAAGAAGCCCGGAAAAGUCCGAAUUAUCUGGGAUGCAGCAGCCGAGGUUUCCGGUGUAUCAUUAAAUAAAAACCUGCUGAAGGGACCCGAUCUACUUUCAUCUCUAUCCAGUAUUUUAUUCCAAUUCCGAUUAUACCAUGUCGCUGUUAGUUCAGAUAUCCAGGAGAUGUUCCAUCAAAUCCAGAUACGCCCGGAAGAUAAAAACUCACAAAGAUUCCUGUGGCGAUCAGACCCUACACAAAAUCCUGAAGUCUACCUAAUGGACGUAGCGACCUUCGGAUCUACCUGCUCACCAGCUUCCGCGCAGUUCGUGAAAAACUUAAAUGCAGAGCAACACGCCUCGAAAUACCCAGACGCAGCUAAAUCAAUCAUCAAUCGAUACUAUGUCGAUGAUUACUUCGAGAGUUUCGAUGACGAAAGCGAGGCCAAAAGAAUCGCAGUAGAUGUUAGAACUAUACAGAAACAAGCCGGCUUCACCCUUCACAACUGGAGGUCUAAUAGUAUUGAAGUACUUAAUCACCUUGAAGUUCUGCCAAAUCCAACCGCGAAGGAACUUAAACUGGUGGACGGAGAAAAGUUGGAGCGUGUCCUAGGAAUGCUCUGGAACCCAGUCACCGACGAGCUAGGAUUCUCUACCCUGAUGAGAAGUGAUGUACAAGAUCUGCUGCGGUCUGAGAGCAGGCCUACCAAACGACAGAUAUUACGAUGCGUCAUGUCUCUCUUCGAUCCCCUUGGCAUUCUUGCGCCAUUUAUUAUUCAUGGAAAAGUGUUGAUUCAAGACCUAUGGCGUUCUGGAAUCAGUUGGGAUGACCAGGUUGGAGACCCAAUAUUUACACGCUGGAACGAGUGGGCGAAAAUGAUAGAAUUUAUUCAAACCAUUCGAGUGCCUCGUAGUUACUUUGUCAAUGCUACGAAGCUCACCUAUAAAAAUACGGAACUACAUGUUUUUGUAGACGCAUCCGAAGUCGCGUACUCCUGCGUGGCUUAUUUCCGAGUGGUUCAAGAUGAGGGAUCGAUGGACCUUGCAUUAAUUUCGGGAAAAUCGAAGGUAGCCCCUUUAAAACCCCUGUCCAUACCAAGACUCGAGCUUCAGAGCUGUCUCUUAGGAGCUCAGCUACUUAGUCUAAUAAAAAAGGAACACGAGAUUGAUAUUUCCCGUACAAUUCUCUGGACCGAUUCAAGAACUGCACUUUCCUGGAUACAUUCCGAUCCCCGAAACUACCGCCCUUUCGUAGCUCAUCGAGUUAGUGAGAUUUUAGAACUUACAACACCAGCCAACUGGCGAUGGGUGCCUUCGAAAGCGAAUCCGGCAGACGAAGCAACCAAAUGGGGAUGUGGACCCUACUUUACGAAUAAUUCAAAUUGGUUCAGUGGACCUAACUUUCUCCGGCAGCCGGAAUCUCAUUGGCCAAGUAUAGCAGGGAAAGUAACAAGCACUGAAGAAGAAUUACGAAAUUCGGUUUUACUGCACAUAACGACGUAUGAACCUUUAAUUUCCUAUGAAAGAUUCUCCCGUUGGGAACGCCUUCAUCGAUCAAUGGCCUACGUUUUACGUUUCGCUCAUCACCGCAGGAGCUCUACUAAAUUGUCGGAUCCUUUGGAACAAACGGAUUUACUAGCCGCAUCACAUCAGAUAUUUAAACAAGUCCAACUCGAAGUGUACCCUCAAGAAGUAGCAACCUUGAAAGAAAACAGUGAAGGAACGUUCGAAUCAAGUAGCCUGCUUCGGAAGUAUGUACCGUUCCUCGAUGAAGAAGGUCUACUCAGAGAAAACAGUCGAAUCCGGAAUUCCGAGACAGUAGCGUUCGGGACGCGCUUUCCUAUAAUUCUACCAACAAAGCAUCACGUGACGUUUCUAGUUGUAGAGUGGUACCAUCGCCGUUAUAAUCACGCCAAUUUUGAAACCGUAGUAAACGAAGUUCGUCAACUCUAUACAAUCCCAGGACUUCGCUCAUUAACCAAAAAGAUAAGCCGAGGAUGCCAAAUGUGCAAGUUGCGAAAUGCAAAGCCUGUUCCACCCCCAAUGGCGCCUCUACCACUCGGCAGACUGGCUGAUCGACACCGUCCGUUCACAUAUACUGGCCUGGAUUACUUUGGCCCUCUUUUAGUUAUCGUUGGUCGUUCCAGAGUGAAAAGGUGGAUCGCGCUUUUCACUUGCCUCACCACACGCGCCGUGCACCUAGAGGUUGUCCAUUCUCUAUCCACUACUUCUUGCAUUUUCGCAAUUCGGAGAUUCGUGAGUCGGCGGGGCGCUCCUGCAGAAUUCUUCUCAGAUAACGGUACAAACUUUGUGGGAGCGUCCAACGUAUUACAAGAGCAAAUACGCGAAGAAAUGUUAAACACAUUUACAAACUGCUACACAAAGUGGCAUUUUAAUCCACCAGGGGCUCCUCAUAUGGGCGGGGUAUGGGAGAGACUAGUGCGGUCUGUUAAAACAGCUUUGAAUGACGGGUACAACAAGGGUAAAUUGGAUGACGAAGGGCUUAUGACUUUGAUUGUGGAGGCUGAGGGCAUCGUUAACUCAAGGCCUCUGACCUACCUCCCUUUAGAUUCUGCUGAGUACGAAGCCCUCACCCCAAACCAUUUCCUCUUGGGAAGCUCCAACGGGAUCAAGCAACCUCCUGUCCCUAUUGAACACAAUCGUAAUCUAAAAAACACUUGGGACCUGAUUCAACACGAACUAAAUGUAUUCUGGAACCGGUGGGUCAAAGAAUAUAUUCCGGUUAUUCGUCGACAAACUAAAUGGUUUACCCCUACCAAGCCGAUCGAGGUUGGAGACCUGGUUAUGGUAGUUGAUACCAAGACCCGUAACGGUUGGAUUCGGGGAAGAGUUCGAGAAACCAUACCAGCACCUGAUGGGAAUACCCGUAGGGUAAUCGUAGAAACUGCGAACGGGACGCUUUGCCGGGCGGUUCAUUACCUGGCUCCACUGGAUGUCUCUAGCGAUAGUGCAGUCUCGGUGUCCACCGAGAUACACGCGGGGGAGGAUGUUAAGCCAGCUGGCAGCCCUGCAGCUGUUGUCAUCAACUAG